AUGGGCGGCCCAAGUGAAAUUAUGAGCGGCCUAUGUGGAAUUGUGGACGGCCCAAGUGGAAUUGUGGGCGAGCCAAGUGGAAUUACGAGCAGGCCAAGUGGAAUUACGAGCGGGCCAAGUGGAAUUGUGAUGCCAACAUCAGGACCUUCAUCUUUGCAGAUGGGUAACCCAAAUGUUGGAGUCAUUCCUAGGUCUGGACUGCAUUUCUUCCGAGGUUUGCAACCUGAACCGAGAAUGAACAUACAGAUGUAUCCAGAUGGUACAGUGACUAAUAUUCCACCAACUAUGGUGGCUGACCAGUUUGGAAUGAUUGGAUUCUUAUCUGCUCAUCGUGGAAUGCAGUUUGAUCCUAAACUUGCAACACUUACUGUUGGUGAAGAUCCAGUAAAUAUGGGUUUGGGUAUGAACUCUAACCUUGAAGUACCGGACUCAAAUGGACGUGGCAGGCACGGAAGGGAGUGGCGUUAUCACAAAGUGGAACGUGCCUGGGUGAAACGUUUGAAUUUCGGAAGUAUCGUUGAACGUACAACUACAUUUGAAAGAGGGGUAUAUAAUGUGUUCGAUCCAAUCUUUUGGAGGAAAAUGCCGAGGGAAAUGACAUUGCAUUACGAAGAUCUUGAAAGAAAGCCAACAAUACCACCAGAUAUGAGGGCGUUCUUUGAUCGAUAAGUUGCACUAAUAUUCUUCAAAUCUGAUCGUAAUUGUUACUGUUUAUUGACAGCAUGUACACAUUACGUCUUAUUUCUUUCUCAUUGUUUUGUUAAGGGACAAUAGUAUGACACAUAAUAACUUCCCCUUUUUAAAAAAUGCUCAAAGAAAUACGAUUGUUCCUAUUUAAGCAAUAUACAUUUAUUUCUUG